AGUAGUACGUAAUGGACUGGUAGAUUUAAACAAGUACAUUUACUCAAGUGCUGUGCUGAUACACAUUGAAGAUAUUAUAGAAUCACGUUUUGUGUGGGAAAUGUCUACUUCAGUCGAACAUCCUGAUACUGAACAUUUAAGCCCACACUCUACAUCUUUAGCCUAUGUAUUAUCAACAAACCAUUACUUUUUCAUAUGCUGCCACGUUGUCAUUAGUUUAAUGGUCCAUGAAUCUUUUCCUAUUGGUUGUUAACUCAGCAACAGCUCUUUAGGAAAGUAAAAAUCAAUUCACUCUCCACAGUUAUUACAGCGCUGUUAUCAGUAGUCACCUGUGUAUGUGUGUUUCAUUAGUGCUUUAAUGUGCUGGAACUAAAAUGUUUUUUCUUUCCCACUUUCCUGCUAUGACACAUAUUUCCCUUGAGAAAACUGUAUAAAAGCCCACUUUCUGAAGGCAACCCACCAGGGUAAGCAGCUGAAGUAUUUCUUAUUGCCUGUUUUAAAGCUAUCCCCAUUUAAAGGUAAGGAAAUGUACUUAAAAAUGAAUUGAACGUGGUUGUUCACACACUUGCUUUAUACUACAUUAUAUGUUUACGUCUCCUCCUGACCAUCUAGACUGCUGCGUUAGGACUUUAAGCUUGAUCAGAUCUGCAUUUCAUUCAAAAAUGUCUGUCUUUUUUUCUUUGAGGUCAUCAUGAAAGUUGUGCUGUUUGAACUUUUGGUUGUCUGGCUGCUCGGAGCGGUGCAUGCAGAGGCAAACACUGAACCUGAACAGAUGGGUCUCAGUGAAGAUGAGCAGCAUGUGAGCAGAAGAUACGCUGAGUCGACCAUCGCCAGCGAAAUCAGCAAAAUCAUGGAUUCAAUGGUGCAGAAAAACUUUGUUGAUUUCUUGCUCAACCAAAGGGAGAAAAAAAGCAAGCCAGCUGAGGCCACUGCACAGGAAGAUCUGAAGGAAAGUCUGUACAAUGAGCUGCUGAAGCUCAGUCUGCACGGGAAGCAGAAGAGAACCAUCUAGGUGAGUUUUCCCUUUAUUUGCAUCAUACUGGUGUCAACUGGUCUGUCUGCUGUGUUUAACAUCUCGUCUCACU